AGCAAAGAUACUAGAGCUUAGAGCUUUGCCUCCACCGCCAGUAGCGUCACAGGGGGUGGAAUUGGCCCGCGUCACCGGCCGUGAGUCCAGGCAGGCGGCGCUUGCAACACACACAGCAAGUUUGUACAGCGACGCCCCAACUCAGGCAGGCACAAGUGGAGCUUUGGGGAACAAUCAACCAGGAUGACAACUGCGUUAAAACUUUUCAACAUGUGUGUUCUGAUGAUCACGGGGAGCUUGUACCACCCUCGUCUCCUCAGUGAUGAAGUGGAGAGUGAGGAGGUCCAGAACAGAAUCAAGGAGCACGAGUACCGGUACAGACUGGAGAUAGAACGGCUCCAGAGAGAAAUGGAGGAAAAAAGUAACCGUGAUGGUAAUAUAAGGAAUACAUUUGCAAAAAAGGAAGAUUCAGUAACAUGGAAUUGGAACACUCAUAUUAUUCUCCUGCUGGUCACAAUCCAGUUCUUGGGAUUCUGGAUAGGCGGCACUUUGCCACAUAUUCCCCAGGACUAUAAUAGUGAGGAAGAAGAGGAAGAAGAAAAUGAAAAUGAAUUUCCUCGAAGAAUUUACGGCAACAUUUUGAAUAUUCCUGAUCAAAGUGUGCUGGAUCAGUUCUACACCAUUUGCAUUCAGAAUGCGAGCCAAGAGCCAAAUCAGACCUGUGAAUUUGUAGAAAGCUUUGUGGACAAUCUUCUGGAGGCCAGUAGGAAUCUCUGUCAGUGGAACUCUGAGCUGAUCCUUGAAGACUGUGUGGGUAUUGGGAGUCAGUUUGAAAAAUGGGGCUGUAAGACACCAUCUAUAUAUGAUAUUUUGGUUCCAAUUUUUCUCCAGGAUGGAUAUUGUUUUAAACCAGAGAUUUGUUCCUGUGACAUCCCACCUGAAAAACAGAAUUAUGGCAGGAUUCUCAUGGUUACACCGCACAAUGCUGACUUGGGCUGCCAAUGUAAAACCACAGAACUUGAAGGGGAUAUUCUGUGUCUUAUUCACAGCAAGAGAUUUGAACCUGAUGUUCGUGCCAAUUGCCUUGCUCCUAUCAUGUGUUCCGAUUGUCAGGCGCUCAUGGAGUAUCAGAAAAUAUUAAUGGACAUGUGUCCGUUAAUGAUGGAGUGCAUUAAAAAUGAUACAGCCAGCUGA